AUGGCAAAAGCGAAGAAGAAGGGUCUAGACAAACUUGACGCUACACAGGAGGCAUCAGAGUCUGUAGCUUCGGACACCAUUGCCGAGACAAAGGUUGUGGCAGAUCCCACCCGCCAGCUCUCUUCCGGUAUCUCAGCAUUUCGGCCAGUGAGAUCAGAAGAGAACGUGCAAGACAAGCUAGAAAUGCCAGGCGCACAAUAUGGAAAGUCCAGAGCCCCUGAACCGAUCUGUCUGGCAGUCAAUCGGGAACAGACAUCUCCGUUAAUGCACAGAGCAUUGAGGCAUGGCAAACUCCCAACUCAUAGGCUCAUGUCCAGGGUCAAGCAAAAGCUCCAAUUUGGAGGCAGCCGAAGAAGUAGGAAACGAGUUAUGGCAUCUGAAUGCUCCGUGAGACACAAGUCGUCUACAACGAAGACGACUAACUGGUGGGAUAUGUGA